CGCCGCCCCGCCGGCCAUGAGGCCCCGCCGGCGCCCUAGUGCGGCCCCGCGUCGCGGCUGCUGAGCCUCCGCCCGCCCCGCCGCCACCAUCGCCCUUCCCGCCCGCGCGGGGACCCCCCUUCGGCUCCCCUCCCUCCUCACAGCCGCCGCCAUGUUGGGCCGGGAGCCGCAGCGGGGCCGCCACUGAGCCCCGGAGCCUGCGAGGAGGAGGCGGAGGAGGAGCCCGGGCCCGGCCGCUCCGCAGAGCCCAGCGCCGGCCGCCCAGCCGCAGCCAUGGCGGAGCAGACCUACUCCUGGGCAUAUUCCCUUGUGGAUUCCAGUCAAGUGUCUACCUUCCUGAUUUCUAUUCUCCUCAUAGUCUACGGCAGUUUCAGGUCUCUGAACAUGGACUUUGAGAACCAAGACAAAGAGAAAGACAACAGCAGCGCCGCUGGGUCUUUUAAUGGCAACAGCACCAAUAACAGUAAGGGUAUUCAAACCAUCGACUCCACCCAGGCGCUGUUCCUGCCCAUCGGAGCGUCCGUGUCUCUCCUAGUCAUGUUCUUCUUCUUCGACUCAGUUCAAGUUGUCUUCACAAUAUGCACAGCAGUCCUUGCAACAAUAGCUUUUGCUUUCCUUCUGCUCCCGAUGUGCCAGUACUUAACACGGCCUUGCUCACCGCAGAACAAGAUUUCCUUUGGCUGCUGUGGGCGUUUCACUGCUGCUGAGUUGCUCUCGUUUUCUCUGUCUGUGAUGCUUGUCCUUAUCUGGGUCCUCACUGGCCACUGGCUCCUAAUGGAUGCUCUGGCUAUGGGCCUGUGUGUUGCAAUGAUAGCCUUUGUCCGGCUGCCGAGCCUGAAGGUUUCCUGCUUGCUGCUCUCUGGGUUAUUAAUUUAUGAUGUCUUUUGGGUCUUUUUUUCUGCCUACAUCUUUAACAGCAAUGUCAUGGUGAAAGUGGCCACACAACCAGCUGACAACCCCCUGGAUGUGUUAUCCCGGAAACUUCACCUGGGACCAAAUGUGGGCAGAGAUGUUCCCCGUCUGUCGCUGCCUGGCAAACUUGUAUUCCCAAGUUCCACAGGCAGCCACUUCUCCAUGCUGGGGAUUGGAGAUAUUGUGAUGCCAGGGCUUCUGCUCUGCUUCGUCCUGCGUUACGAUAACUACAAAAAACAAGCCAACAGUGAUUCCUGCGGUGCCCCAGGACCAGGGAACAUCUCCGGGCGGAUGCAGAAGGUCUCCUACUUUCACUGCACACUUAUUGGCUAUUUUGUAGGUUUAUUAACUGCAACAGUAGCUUCUCGUAUUCACCGGGCAGCUCAGCCUGCCCUGCUCUAUUUGGUACCAUUCACUUUAUUGCCGCUCCUCACCAUGGCCUAUUUAAAGGGCGAUCUACGUCGCAUGUGGUCUGAGCCUUUCCACUCCAAGUCCAGCAGCUCCCGUUUCCUGGAAGUAUGAUGGAAUGGACAGGAAGUGGCCUGAACUUCUGCCUUGGUCCUUUUCACUUUAACUUGUGGCUUUGUUGUCUCCUAAGCUGGACUGGCUGGUACUUGGGAAGGUACCAGCGAUGGGACACAUAUGAAAGGACUUUGUAUUAAAGGCGGGAAAGAAACAAAAGCUGAAAUCCCAGAGCUCCGUGUGACUCCGUAUCUCCCUGCAGAUGUGGAAUUGGGGACCCUUUGUGCAACUGCAGCCACUUUCCUCUUUUCCUCACUCGGAUGGAUUAGUACCAGACUAUUACCUUUGUGAGAGAGGAAGAGACAGACUUGAAACUAAAAACGGCUUGAAGUCGUUCAAUAACUUGUGAACACUAAACGCAAAAACAGUUAAGCAAACUGAGGCUUCUUCAGAGAACCCCUCGUGGACAUUGGGACCAGUUUCCUGUGGGACUUCGGUUUUGAAAAGAACUGAGACAGAAGAUCUUCUGUCACAAUACUGGGUUUUUUUUGAUUUAUUAAAUAUUUCCUGUGGUGUGAGGUUACUUAUUAAAUCCACAGACAUUGAGUGACUUCUUGCAGUAUACAUAUAAAAUUUGUUGUAACAAGUUACAUUUCCACCCAGAUGUCAUAUUGCAGUGAAAAAGGGCACGAUUUUUAUACAUAUAUAUAUACACACAUAUAGAUAUAUAUAUGAAUAAAUAAAAAGGAAAACCUGCUAAGAUCAUGCUGUGUAGCAGACAGGGGCUUGCUGUAAUUUUUAGCAUGUAGCACAGUUACUCUGGCUUUAUGUAUAUGGAUCUACAAUGAGCUGCUGUUUUCCCCCCUCCUACAACUGAACCUGCAGUUUAAAACCAAGUGUAGUAUUUGUACUGGUUGUACCAUGGACUUUAGGGGAUAUUUGAUUUGAUCAAUGUAGCAAACUAGGGAAGAAAAAAGUUGAAACCCAGCCCUGUGUGUCUGAGGGGGGAGGAGGUGGGGGUGUCUUUUUUCUUUUUUUUUUCUCCUGUUUUUUAUUUUUUUUUUUCCAAACAGCUCCCUUGCAGGUUUUUAGUAGUUCCUUCUUGACCAGUGCAUGUAUUAUAGCAGCAAUUGUCUUUGUGCUUUCUGAUCAUAGUAAUGUAUCACUUGUAAAUACAUUUUUUCUAUUUUCUA